CUUGAAGAGAAUGAAGGGAAAUGAAGAAGCUAUUGCUCUGUUUCUUGUUUGUCUGUUCUCCAUAGCAGCAGCAGCAGCUAUUGAUAAGAACAAAUUCCCCGUUGACUUUCUCUUUGGGACAACCACUUCUGCUUAUCAGUGAACUUGGGCGACGAGAGCAAAGGUAUAAAUCAAAUGGUGGUGGGGCUGACACUUAAAAGGAAGCCAUAAUUAUCAGGAAGAGCUAUUAUUCACAAAACUCAAAUUGAGUUGAGAAGUUUUAUCCUAACAAGAGAAAACAAAUACAAGAUACAUGCACCUGACAUUGUCUUGUCAAGAUUGAAGGUGGAUAUUUAGAAGGCAACAAAAGCUUGAGCAAUUGGGAUUUAUUUACUCGUAUACCAGGAAAAAUUGUAGAUGGUAGCAAUGGAGAUGUUGCAGAUGAUCACUAUCACCGCUAUAUAGAAGAUGUUGAGCUGAUGCAUUAUCUUGGCGUCAACUCAUAUAGAUUUUCCAUAUCAUGGUCGAGAAUCCUUCCAAUGUAGGAGGCAGAUUUGGUCAGAUCAAUCAAAAUGGCAUCAAAUUUUACAGCAAUCUUAUAGAUGCUUUGCUUGAUAAAGGAAUAAAACCUUUUGUGACUCUAAAUCACUAUGACAUACCUCAAGAACUCGAAGAUCAGUAUGGUGGAUGGUUGAAUCCACAGAUACAGAAUGAUUUUGGAUACUUUGCAGAGGUAUGCUUUGAAGCAUUUGGUGAAAAGGUAACUUAUUGGAGCACAUUGAACGCACCAAAUCUUAUGAUAAAAAUGGGAUAUAUGAAAGGUGAAUACGCUCCAGGUCGUUGUUCUCUGCCUUAUGUUUCUUGUCCAUCAGGGGAUUCUAGAACUGAACCGUAUCUUGCUGCUCACAAUGUUAUAUUAUCCCAUGCUACUGCUGUUGAUAUAUACAGAAAGAAAUAUCAGAGAAAACAUGGAGGUUUUAUUGGCAUUAUCAUGGCGGCAAACUGGCGUGAACCAUUUACAGAUACUCCUAUGGAUAGAUCUGCUGCUUCACGGGCUCUAGCAUUUGAAGUUCCAUGGUUUCUGGAUCCUAUAAUUUAUGGCGAUUAUCCUCCAGAAAUGCUUCAAAUUCUCGGAUCAAGGCUGCCAAAAUUUUCGAUAGAGGAUAAGCAAAAGUUGCAAACUAAGCUUGACUUCAUUGGAGUCAAUCACUACACAAGUCUGUAUGCAGAAGAUUGCUUGUUUUCACAAUGUGAUUCUCAAAGUACUUUAGAAGGCUAUGGAUUUGCUUAUACAACUGGAGAAAAAGAUGGGCAUUUUAUUGGAGAUAAUACUGGAGUAAACAACUUCUAUGUGGUUCCAAGUGGCUUGGAGAAGAUGAUUUUGUAUAUAAUGAAACGAUAUAACAAUAUCACUAUGUUCAUCACAGAGAAUGGCUUUGGACAAGAAGGUAGUAGUAAUCCAUCCAAUGAAAUCAGAAAAGAAUUGCUCAAUGACAGGAAAAGAGUAGAGUUUCAUACUGCCUAUCUUUCUUCACUAUUGGAAGCUAUGAGGAAAGGGGCUGAUGUAAGAGGCUACUUCAUAUGGUCUUUGAUGGAUAAUUUUGAAUGGUUGAAUGGAUACAGCAAAAGAUUUGGGCUCUAUCAUGUGAAUUUCAGCUCACAAGAGAGAACUCCAAAACUAUCAGCAAAAUGGUAUAAGGAAUUCCUUCAAUCCUCCACUGAAUUAUGUACAAAAGCAGAUGGUGAUGUGAAGCCAAAGCUGGUGGCACAGUAAUAAUUCAGAAAAUUAUAUCAAUCAUCAUUCUUAGGACAAAAUAGAAGAAAUUUGUUUUAUUGGCAAGUGAAUGUUCUUGAUAUGGUGUUAUGUAACAUUACAAAGCUGAUAGGUAGCUCAGAGAUGUUGUUGCAUCCCAAUGAUCUUUAUAACAUUUAAGAAUUGUGUAAAUUUCAGUGAACUUUAUUUUUCUGUUCUCAACUUAAAAUUAGUUGCAGCAAAGCUUACUAUGAA